UAUAUUUUAUAUUGUUAAUGUUGUUUAUAUGGUUGUAAAUUAUUACUCUUAUGCUUAAUAGGCUUUUCAACUUUAUUUGAAACUAUAAUUUUGAAGUAAUGUUCAUAGGCUACUGUUCAUACUGUGGUUCUCAAAGUGGGGUCCGCGACCCACAGCCAAGGGGCCCGCAAAAAUAAUUAGCUUUAAAUUAUGAAGUUAAGUUUAUCAUUUCAAAAUGCAAACAGAUGACAAUUUUCUUCGCCAAUAAAACAAGCACAUUCUGUCUCUUUGGCCCACCCACAUUAACAUUCAUCUUGAAUCACUUCACUUAGGUCGCGAAGAACCAUUCCUAUUGCUGCUUAGCUCGGCCUAUUUUCUAACUGGAUAGCUGAUAAACGUCACGUAAAGAAAUGUUUGUCAGUCCUCUCUAGUCAUCAAGUGAUGCAAAAUCAAAACUUGACAAAAGACAAAGUUACACGCCUGCCAAAUUACACGGCAUAGUGGACCUAGCCACAACGUCAGAGAAAACAUAUGACAUAUGCCUAAAUGAUGAGUAGGCUAAUGAGGAAAAUGUUCUCCCCCACAAAGGGGUCAUUGGAACUUAAACGUUUGAGAACCCCUGCCCUAAAUGAGAAGGCACACUGCGCACUGUGUAGUAGGCCUAAGCUAUGCCAUCUGGAUUCAACUGCAUUAUUAGCCCACAUAAACACAACGUCUUACAGCGAUGAUCAGCGCGGGGAAGAGUUGGGGGUGUACGGAGAUCAGGAAUGCCAAUGCGCAGGAUUGCCUGGAAUGUCCAACGGAGCCCGCGCGCCGCGCGGUCACGAGAAGCCAGCCCAGCAGUGCGCUAGUGGACCUUUCACAUCAGCUGUUGGUCCUCCGAGUGUACACAUACACACCACACGCACACACCUACACACUGACCUGGAUUACCUACGCGUGGAACUGUAAAGAUUAAGAAAAGUUUACCUGAAGUUAACGGGCGCGCAGCAGCCGCUUGUGGUCCGUUCCGACCAUGUCCAGUGGCGAGGAAGACUUCGACAGCCUGCUGGCGACACUGUCACCAGAGGAGGUUGAGGAGCUGGAGAAAGAGCUAAUCGUUAUUGACCCGGACCCCAACGUGCCCGUGGGUCUGCGGCAGCGGAACCAGACGGACAAGCAUCCCGAGAGGGGCUACAACAGAGAGGCGAUGCUGGACUAUUGCGUACGGGAGACCAAGAAGCUCCUGCGCAGGGAACGCUCAGUGGAGGGGGAGGUGAAGAGUGAGCGCAAGGCGGAGCGACUGCGUCGGAUGGGGCGGAGCCGGGGGCGGAGCCUCUCACAUAGCAGCAGUGUGGAGGAGGCGGAGCCAGAGGGGGGCGGUCAGGAAGAGGCCAGCGCAGAGAAUCAAGCUGACGAGAGAGAGCGCCCCCUGGUGGCAAACAGCAGCAGCGCCACCUCCCCUAAGAGACUGAGGAGGACGGAGAGCAGAGAGGGGAUAACGGAGGUGCGGACUGAUGGGGGGAGCAGGAGGGGAGAGGAGGAGAGGAAGGGAGCGAGGGAACACAGAGAGGAGUUCAAGAGAGGAAGAGAGGACUCGCGAUCAAAGGGUCUGACCUCCAGACUAGAGGGAGACACAGAGAAAGAGGAGGAGGACGACGAGGACGUUAAGAAAGAGAGGGAGAGAGAGAGAGCAGAGAGGAGAGAGGAGAAGAGAGACAGAUCAGAGGAGAAGUCAGGCAGACUGGGUAGAGAGAAGAGCAGAGAGGAGAAGAAAGAGGUGGCUAGAGACAAGACGAGAGAGGAGAAGAGAGAGAUAUCAGACGAGCGCUCACACAGACGGAUCAGAGAGAAGAGCAGACAGGACAGUCAGGAGGUGGACAAUCAGAGUAAGAGCUGCCCACCCAGCAGAGAGCCUGAGCAGGAGGAGGAAGAAGGGGAGGAGGAAGAGGAGGAGGAAGAGGAUGAGGAAGAAGACAAGGAAGAGGAGGAGAGUGACGAGGCCUCCAGCAUGUUCGAUGGCCUCCUGGAGAGAGUCCGAAGCAACGACCCCGAGCUGACCGAGCUCAACGUCAACAACUCGGACGCCAUCCGCUCAGACACCCUCCUGCAGAUGGCCGAGGCCCUGCGCCGGAACACUCACGUGCGCUCCUUCAGCCUGGCCAACACGCGCGCCAAUGACCACGUGGCCCUGGCCGUGGCACACACGCUCCGCUCCAACGCUACGCUGGCCAGCCUCAACCUGGACUCCAAUCAGCUGACCGGCCGUGGCAUGCUGGCCCUGGUGGAGGCACUGACGGAGAACGCGUCGCUGACCGAGCUGCGCUUCCACAACCAGCGGCACAUCUGCGGCGGCAAGACGGAGAUGGAGAUGGCGCGGCUGCUGAGGGACAACGCCACGCUGCUCAAGCUGGGCUACCACUUUGAGCUGGCUGGCCCGCGCAUGACCAUGACCCACAUCCUCAGCCGCAACAUGGACCGCCAGCGGCAGCGCCGCCUGGAACAGAGGCAGAGCCAGGCUCGCAGCCAGAACCAGCCGGGCCCGGAGAACACGCCGCAGAACACGCCGCAGAACCAGAAGACCCAGCAGAACCUGCAGAAGCAGCAGCAGAACGUGCCAAAGCAGCAGAACCUGCAGCAGAAGCAGCAGAACGUGCCGAAGCAGCAGAACCUGCAGCAGAAGCAGAAGAACGUGCCGAAGCAUCCCUCCCAGACGGGCCUGGCGGCCAGGGGGUUCCCGCCAGCCCAGCAGAACUCAGUGACGCAGAAAAACGAUCAGCAAACUCUGCCACCGGGUCAGAACCUGAGCCGGGCCCAGAGGCCACCGGCAUCCGGUAAGGCGUCCGGUGCCAUGGACACCUUUAGGCAGAAGUUCUCCCAUCAGCCCAAUCACGUGGACAAGCCGGACCCUCCGCCGGCCGGUUCCCUCCGCUCGCCCUCCGAUGGAGCACGGAGGGGGGUGUGUGCGCCCCCCGCCCCCCCUCCCCCUGCACCGGCGCUGGAUGUGCAGGCGCUGAGGCGCUCCCUCACACCGGUGUCCCAGAGGAGAACCGAGAACCGGACCGGAGAACCAAGAACCGAGAGGAACUCCAGAGACCAGCUGCUGGCAUCCAUACGCAACAACGGCAACAUGAAAACCCUCAAGAAGGUGGAGGUGCCCAAGUUGCUGAGGUAACAGCAGAGAAGGCACUCAGGGGUGGACCAGCCCAGCGGGGCAGAAAGGACCCCUGGCAACAACCCUCAUCUACCCCUGUGGACUCACUGAUGCCCCAGAGACUGUGAAGUGAUGUGAUGUGAAUGUGAAUGACCCCUAUGAGUGAAUGAAUACUCUAGAAUUCUCUAAAUGACUCUAGACUGUUCUGGAAUGACUGUGACUGUUCUAGGCUCUCCCUGGAGGAAGGAAGGGGGCUUUUCUAAUCUCCACGAGGCCCACUCCCUUCCUCCAGUCUGGUGAGGUGUGCUGAGGUGAAGACCAGUGUGUUGUGAAGGAUGCGAACCCACAGGUUGGGCUCAUAUCGGAACCGCUCUGGCCCGGAACGACACCAGAACUGGCCCGGCUCCACUUCAGAGACACACUCUGCCGGCACAGUAGUCUCAUGGGCCAUCAUGUAUUCACAUUCUCCUGAUAACCAAAUCUUUCCUGAUUUAAAAAAAAAAAAAAAACUUAAUUCUAUUUUAAUGGGUGGCUGGAACAAGUUAGAAUUGCACAAGUCUUAAUUUGGGAGUUUCUCAGAUUUUAAGGGGAUUUGAAGUCAGACCUGGCAACGCUGAUGGAAUGUUAGAUAUAUCAGGUGACAAAUUAUAGGCCAGAACUUCCCUGAGCAGCCUGAGUGCGUGAAGAGGAGGGCAGCAGUAGAACUGGGCAAAUACCCCUCAGCAGGGCAGCAGAAUUGGCUGAAGAAGAACCCUCAGCAGGGCAGUACAACUGGGUGAAGACCCCUCAGCGGAACUGGGGGAAUAGAGCUCAACAGUCUCGCCCCACUCCGAUUCCGGAAGUAAGAUUCUAGUUAGAUUCAAUUGUUUUCCAUUGAGAACUAGAUUAUAAGACAUAAAAUCGUAACCAUCCACGGUAGACUCAAAACCAGUUAUGUCACGGUCUAAAACGUAUACGGAUUUGUCCAGACGUCGAUUGGAGAAAUAAAUGGGAAACUUACUUCCUGAAACGGCGCUCUCUCGGAGCAGGGGCGGGACUGUUGAGCUCUACUCCCCUCAGACUGAAGGUCCCUCUCUUUUCUCCUGGAGUGUGUGUGUGAAAUGUCCUGAGAGAUGGGGAGUGUGUGUGGGGGAGUCAUUUAUUCAUGGAAAUGUUUCAUGAUCAUUUUUUUAUUGAGCUUUGCUAUGUUACAGUCUUAGAAAGUAGUUGGAUUCACACAUGUAUUGGUUGGGUGUGGUGAGAUCUCACUGAGUUACACUGCGCAAAAGUUUUUUUUUUAUUUGUAUUAGUUUAUUCAUUCAAAUUGUUUGUGCAACCAGUGUGUGUCUGUUUUCUCACGAGAUAACCCACUCACUAGUGAAAGAAUGAUGAGAGUGAACAGAUUGGGAGCAUGUUUCCUUUUCCAGCGUUUGUUUGUGAUGAGUUUGCAUUUGGAUUAAACAUGUGACACACUG